UGUGCUCCCUCCUCGUGGUGUCCAUAAUUCCGAGGGCACGUAAAGGCAGCAGUCAGCUUCACAACGCGUCGGUCAAACUGUUUACUAGAAGAUUUUUUACCAUCUAGCCGAGAGGAAGGAACCAUGGCUGCACUCCUGCAAGCAAGGAGAGCUCUCGGCUUGUGUCUCAGCGGUUGUCGAGGCCUGUCUCAGCUGGCAGAGUUACCAGAGACCCAUCAGAUCCUGAGACAGACCUGCAGAGACUACGCUGACAGGGAACUGACCCCCAUCGCUGCCAAACUAGACAAAGAGCACAGCUACCCUGCCAAACAGGUUCAGGAGUUGGGGGCGAUGGGGGUGAUGGCCAUGGAGGUGCCAGAGGAGCUGGGUGGGGCUGGGAUGGACUACCUGGCGUACAGUCUGGCUGUGGAGGAGAUCAGCAGAGGCUGCGCCAGCACUGGCGUCGUGGUCUCUGUUAACAACUCUCUCUACAUCGGGCCGAUAUUGAAGUUUGGUACAGAAGAACAGAAACAGCAGUGGAUCACACCGUUCACCACCGGAGAGAAGGUGGGCUGCUUCGCCCUCAGUGAGCCAGGUAACGGCAGCGACGCGGGCGCAGCCUCCACGGUAGCUCGUCAGGAGGGGGACGAGUGGGUGCUGAACGGAACCAAAGCCUGGAUCACCAACAGCUGGGACGCCUCCGCCACCGUCGUGUUCGCCACCACGGACAAGAAACUCAAACACAAGGGUAUCAGUGCCUUCCUGAUCCCCAUGCCACACCCGGGCCUGUCUCUGGGGAAGAAGGAAGAUAAGCUGGGCAUCAGAGCCUCGUCCACUGCGAACAUCAUCCUGGAGGACUGCAGGGUGCCGCUGGGCAACAUGCUGGGCCCUCGUGGCGCCGGAUUCAAGAUCGCCAUGCAAACCCUGGACAGCGGCCGGAUCGGCAUUGCAGCUCAGGCUCUGGGUAUCGCUCAGGCGUCUCUGGACUGUGCCGCAGACUACGCGCACAAACGCACCGCGUUCGGAGCCCCCAUCGGCAAGCUGCAGGCCAUACAGUUCAAACUGGCCGACAUGGCCGUGGCGAUAGAGAGCGCUCGCCUGCUCACCUGGAAGGCUUCGCUGCUUAAAGAUUCAAAGAAACCCUUCACCAAGGAAGCAGCCAUGGCCAAACUAGCGGCGUCCGAAGCCGCCACGUUCUGCUCGCACCAGGCGAUCCAGGUUCUGGGUGGGAUGGGUUACGUGACGGAGAUGCCCGCCGAGAGGCACUACCGCGACGCUCGCAUCACGGAGAUCUACGAGGGCACCAGUGAGAUCCAGAGACUCGUUAUCGCCGGCCAGUUGCUGAAGGAGUACCAAUCAUAGACGCACUUUGUUUUUCAGGAAUUACUUCACAUCACUGUAAGCUAAAAUAACCUCAGACUGCCUUAAGAGGACGCCAGUGCCAGUUUAAGCGGUCAGGACAUGAUGUCUCCCAGAUGUCCACACAGAUAAUGAAAUAUGCUGUUUUAUGGGUUUUUGGCAUUUCUUCUUUUGGUGCUCAAAAGCAUUUUGUCUUUACAGGAAACAACCCUCUUCUUGUCUCUCUGUCGACCGUUUAAUUAAUUUUAAUGAUGACUAGGGUUUAAAUGACGACAGUGUUUUUCAGUGACAUAUAAUCCAAAAUGUUCCGGUUUGUUAAAACACAGUGGAAACGCACGACAGAACCUAAAUCUUAAGACCUCAUGGGUGCUUAAAAGUUCCGGUUACGGGUCCUGUAGUGGGACAAAAGGGAAUAGUCCCUUUUUAAAAGACAGACUCCCAAACUGGAGGUCUUCUCACUGUCUCUCUCCAGCCCAGCGUGACAGGAUGUGUCUCAGACAGUUUAACCAGCAGAGGGCGGCGGUGUUCCUUCACGCUCCAUAAAGAUUUGAAAUUCAUGAAUCUCUUGAAAUGCACAAUCACACAGUUGUUUUUCAGAAUGUACACCAGUUGUUGACAGACUACAGAUUUACUAAUUUAAUGUUCUGGAGAUCCUACUUGAAUAUUUGUGGUGUAUUACGUCUGCUGGACUGUAAGAGGCUGCGUAAUGAAACUCUGGUUGAUUUCAGACCUCUUGUGCCUCAAUAACUUGUACAUAUUUUAAUGUAAUUUAUUGUGUGCAGAUGAUGACGGUAAAACAGUACUUGUCACAGAGAAAUGAUGGAUUUGAUUUCUACUUCAAAACAAAUAAAAGCAAGAUAAACAGUUAAACUAA